AUGUUUAGAGGCGCAAUUCACAAGUUGCUGGUUUGCAUGCUGCCACUGCUCUUGGCGCUGCUUCUCAACACCUUACUGACCAACAGCUCGCACAACCAAUUUUCUGCAGACGCAAAACUUCCUAUUAUCUCAACCACGAUUGACAAUUUCAUGGAACGUGUCAUCUCGCAACAACAAAAACAAGAGAUAGCAACGAACCCAUCAUGGACUACAGCCAUCAUUACAAGCUCCAACUCAUCCAUUGUGGUACUUUCAUUGAGACGGCAGCUUAACACCACACGGUAUCAACAACAGGAAACCACAUUCUCUCUACAAGCGCUCAACAACCACACAGUGCACAUGUUCUCCUUUGAUUUGGAGUCUGAUGACGCGACUCGGCAUGAUUCAUUUCUAUCUAGUGUGAAAAUGGCUCUAUCCAUGCAUCAGAUCAAACCAUUGAAAUUGGUUGAAGUGAGCAACAUGUUGUGUGAUUGUAUUUUGGGAAAUCCUUUUGUUGAUUCCAAUCAAAUUGAGUUUUUAAUCACGACUGAUAAGGAUGUUCCAAAAUUGAUUCGACAAAUUCGAGAGAAUUCAAAAUCUCGAUAUUUGGAGUUGAGUGAUUUUAAUGUUGUCAUCCUUUCACCCUAUGAAAUUCAAUAUGUUUGGAUGAACGAUUCGUCAUCUUACCAGGUUAACCACGACUCUUUCUCGGCCAGUUUGAUUCAGAAUUUGAAAGAUGACAUGAUUUCUUGUUUGUACGAGAUGAAAUAUUGCAGAAUGAAUGUUUCAACUUCAGGUAUUUCGUCCUGUUAUGAAAAACAUGACUAUUGUUGGUUGAGGAGAGCUCAAAACUUUUUUCAAGUUGCACACUCUGAAUUGUUUGUGAGUUUUACCAAUCAAAUUUUGUCAAAAUUUAGAAAGACAAUGGCACUGGUGAUAGAAUAUCAACCCUUCUUCGAGAAUGCCACUAACACUGUUCUUGAGGACAUUUUUCUCAAUUCAACAUUUUCACAUGAACUGUUUUUGCCUACCAUUAACGAAAAUAUCACCCUCUCACAACGAUUGGAUUAUAUCAUGCAAAAUGAAAUGAUGAACAGCUCUCAAUAUUCAUGUCACACAAGCAUUUGCUUGUUUGAACCAUUGUUAGCAAGUGAAUACUUUCAAUUUGCCUCCAUUUUAUGUUGCUUGAUAUAUUACAUUUUCCUCUUUUGUAUGUGUCAAAAGAAUUCAAUGAAAAUCCGAUUAUUGCUUCCUUGGUGUGGCCCAUUACUGGUAAUGAUUCGAAUAUUGAGCAGUGGUGAAUUUAUUUACAGUACCUGUCCAGUUUUAUAUUCCAUGAUUUCCAUUAUCACAGCGACAAUGGCAACAGUGAUUUACAUUAUCACAAUUUUGAGAGUUCUCUAUUUGAGAAAUUUAUAUGAAAUUAUUUCAAAACGAAACAAUAUUGGAUUGUACAAGAGAUUGGCUUCAAAGAAGUUUGGAAUUUUCAUCACUCUUUUGGCAUGCUUAUUUACCUUUUUAAUCAUGCUUGUGUUUAUUCCAAUGUUUUCCAGAAUUUACUUGACAAAUUCAUUGAGCAUCUCUCGAAAUGUGAUCACUGGAUCGAUUAUUACAUUGGCAAUUUUAUCAGCCAUUAUAUACAGUACUGUUGACUUUAUAUUUCACAGAAGAGACAUUAAGAAAAAAGGUUUAAUUUAUUUCCUCUUUUUCGAUGAUCCCUUUUACAUUCGAAUUGAUUUGAUUUGUUUGAUUACCAUUCUGAUUUUACUCAUUCCUUUCCUUACCCCAACGCGAAUCUCUGUAUUGAGCGGUUUAUUCCGGAUGUUGAUUUCUCUUGCAGCAUACAUGAUCAUGGGAGGAAAUACUCUCUUCAUUGAGUGGGUGAAAAUGUUGAAGUAUCGAAAGAGUACACAAUUUACGAAAUUUGACGACACGAAAUCUACAACUACCUCCAAAGAAUCUACAACACCUUCAACCAUGAUCAAUAGCCAUCAACACACCAAUUCUCUGGAGUAUUUGUUGAAAGACUCGAAUUUUUUUGAAAUGUUGAAAACCUAUUCUGAAAAAGAAUUUUCCUUAGAGAAUAUUUUACUCUUUGAACAAGUUCAAGAAUUGGUCAGAACUCAAAAAUUAACACUUUCCCAACUUUCUCAAAUUGAAGAAAAUUUUUUGAAACCCUAUUCGAAAUAUGAAGUCAAUAUUUCAUCAACAACCAAAAAGGCCUUCCAUGAAUGGCACGAGCGUAUGAAAAAUUCCCAAGUAAGAGAUAGUCACGAAUUUCUGUUAGACGCGAAAGAAAUUGAAACACUUUUCAAUAUUCUAUAUGAUGACAUUUUGAACAAUUUGAAUGACACUUUUAGUAGACUUCAAGCCACUGAGGAAUUUAUGAAAUGGGAAAAGGUGGUCGAUCUCCAAAGACAACAAUCCGUUGAACGAUAA